CACACACUGAUUAUCUCAUCCUGUAAUAGAGUGUCAUCACACCGCUGCGCUCUAAUCACACAGCUGUAUUCCCUCUCUUCAUUCAUGAUAGUGAAACUAUUUUGGUAGCUGCCUCUUACUCUCCUGUACAGCAUGGAGGCGGUGGCUCUUUUCUCUUUCACUGCAUCAGAAGCGGAUGAGCUCAGUUUUCAGAAAGGGGACAUCAUCAAGGUGACAGAAAUGGAGGAUGAUUCUUGCUGGUUUACAGCAGAGAUCGAGGGCAAGCGUGGCUACGUGCCAGAGAACUACAUUUCCCUCCUUCCUUAUCCGUGGUUUGCAGGACGGGUGUCAAGACUUGAUGCUGAGAAGCAUCUGCGUUGGCAGGACACUGGAGUGUUCCUUGUGAGGGAGAGUGAAUCAGCUCCUGGAGAGUUUUCUGUCUCUGUGAGUUAUGGUGACAGGGUGGAACAUUUCCGAGUGCUGGAGGGGGGCGGUCAGUACUGUAUCUGGGAUGAGUCGUUUUGCUCCCUCAACCGGUUGGUGCAUUUCUAUAGGACUCACAGCAUCGCUGUGGAGAAAGUGAUCUGCCUCAGAGACCCGCCCUCAUGCCCUCACCUGUUGGCCCACUUUGGCCGUAACCCCUAUCCCAACCCUUACAAAAGCAGCUCUCAGGAGACCCUUCCCUCAGCCCGACCCUACUCCCACAGAGAGAGAGAGUCCUCCCCACAUCUGUUUGAACCCGCUGUGGGGAAACCUCGUCUGGCUCAUGCCCUCUGUGACUAUACUCCCCCUCAGACCGCCCACCUCCACUUCCUGCACGGUGAUAUCAUCAACCUGCUGGACUGCUCGAGCUCACUGACCUGGAGAGGGAGCUGUCGAGGUCGAGUAGGAGUAUUUCCGCCAGAAUACGUCCAGCUGCUGUACCACUGACCAUCAUAUCAAACUGAACACUGUCAGAAAAAGUUUACCUUUCUUAUCAAAUGAUCGAGCUAACAAUCAGCCCAAUAAUUUGUUUAUC